AUGGCCAAUGCUUUCGUGGUAGUAACGGGGCUUUCUGUGACUAUGCCUGUGUGCCUCUAUUCACUGUCCCUCCUUCCUUUCCUCCCUCCUUCCUUCCCCCCCUCCUUCCUUUUCUCCCUCCUUCCUUUCCUCCCUCCUUCGUUCUCUCCCUCCUUCCUUCCCUCCGACUUCCCUCCCUCCUUCCUCCCUUCUUUCCCUACUUCCUUCCCUCCCUUCUUCCCCUCCUCCUUCCCACCAUCCUUCCCUCCCUCCUCUCCUUCCUCCUUCCCUCCCUCCUUCCCUCCCUCCUUCCCCCCCUCCUUUGCUUUCUCCGUUGCUCCCUCCAUCGCUACCUCUGUUGCUACCUCUGUUGCUACCUCUGUUGCUACCUCUGUUGCUACCUCCGUUGCUCCCUCCUUUUCUCGCUCCGUUGCUCCUUCCUUUGCUCCCUCCUUUGCUCCCUCCUUUGCUCCCUCCUUUGCUUCCUCCUUUGCUCCCUCUUUGCUCCCUCCUUUGCUCCCUCCUUUGCUUCCUCCCUUUGCUCCCUCUUUGCUCCCUCCUUUGCUCCCUCCCUUGCUCCCUCCCUCGUGCGCUCCCUCCCACGCUCCCUCCCUCUUUCCCUCCCUCUCUCCCUCCUUCGCUCCCUCCCUCUUUCCCUCCCUCUCUCCCUCCUUCGCGCCCUCCCUCGCUCCCUCCCUCGCUCUCUCCCUCCCUUGGCCCCUCCAUCCCAUCCUCAUCUGUUUCUAUAUCAUGCCAUAA